AGUCUGUCUCUGUGGUGGGACAGAUAAGCGACCCGAUCCAGUGUGAAGUGUUGGAGCGGAUGAAGAUUCUUGAACAAGUGUGGCCACCUCAGACAGGAGCUCCUCGUCAUAAGGACCGGGCCACUCUGUGUCUCACCCUUCCCGUUAUGGACUUUGAAGGCGCCCGGGGCCUGAUCUGCGCUUGUUCUCGCCUUGUGACGUUCUGAUCUCAGACGUCCGCGGUUCGUGCUGCCGGACUACUGUGCCUUCGAUGGAUCGCUCUGAAACCUCCUGAGCUCUUCCUCUUCCCACGCUGCGUUGUCUCCAACUUUCUCACUUUCUCUAACUGCGUCCCGCCCACAGGCUCUGAAAGGAAGCAACGGCCCAGGCUGAGAUCAGUUUUGCUUCGGGACCUGUCGGGUGCAGGACCGCUGUCGCCUUCUGAACGUCGCCGGCGCCUCAUCGGCCGCUUGGGAGAGAGCUCUCCAUGGCUUCAUCAUUCGGUGACAAGGAACCAAAGGCCGGUGACCUGAUUGAAAUUUGUCGGCCACUUUACCAGCACUGGGCGCUGUACGUGGGGGAUGGUUAUGUCAUUCACCUGGCACCUCCGAGCGAGGUGUGCAAUGCCGGUGCGAGCAGCAUUAUGUCUGUGUUCACCGACAAGGCCUACGUGAAACGGGAGCUCCUACGCGUCGUGGUGGGGACAGACCGUUACCAGGUGAACAAUAAACUGGACAGCAGCCGGCGUCCCCGUCCCAUCAACGUCAUCCUGAAGGAGGCCCGGCAGCAGGUAGGCCGCGAGAUGGACUACAGCAUCUUCUCAUCAAACUGCGAGCACUUUGUCAUGGAACUGCGCUACGGGGAGUCCAGGUCUACCCAGGUUGAAGAUGCAGCUUUCUACACGGUUGGUGCAAGCAUCUUCGGCAUUGCGGCGUUUGUUGGCUACCAGUUCUUGAAAUCCCAGCAGAAGCAGAAGAAGUGAACAGGCAGCUGUGUGAGUGGGGAAUAACACCCCCCCCCAGGGAACACUGCUUUCUGCCCUAGUCAUGCUCUGAGAUGGAGGCACUCCUUGCUGUUCUCUCUCUCUGUAUCUAUCCAUCUCUGUCUCCCUCUCUCUCUCUCUCUCCCUGUCUCUCUUUCUCCGUUCCUCUCUCCCUCUCUCUGGAGUGUGGCGUGCUGGCACUUAUCAGUCAGGGCGUGUCUGGGAUUGGAGGGUCCCACGGACAUACAGGGUCGCUCACCUGCUGGCACGAACAUCGAGUUCUCUACGUCCAUCAAUUUCUCCCAUUCGCCCCCCAUCCCUUCUCUCCUCCGCUGCCCAUCCCCUCCCCCGGUUUCCCCUCCUCCUUCCCUCCCCCCCCCCGAUCCACUCUCUUCCCCUAUCGGAUUCCCUCUUCUUCAGCCCUCGACCUCUUCCACCCGUGACCAAAGUAUUUGCCGGGGGCACUUUCCGCCCACCCCGUCCCCUACUUCGACCCAACCCUCCCCACCCCACUCCGACUGGGUUUGAGAGGGAAGCUCGACCUGCCCUCUCCCUCCAGCGCCGGUGCAACAGCGGCUACGACGUGCGCCAGCUCACCAUCUCCGAAGCGCACCGCCUUCCCCGCCGCGGGGGUGUGGGGGUUCAGGAGACAGCUCCCCCCACCCUCUCAAGGAACAAUGGGACUACUGGCAAUGAUAGUUAAGUUUAUAUAAUGUUAUUUUAUGGUGUGUAAAAAUGCAUCUGUAUACUGGUAACGCUCACUUCUUCUAGAGGUUUAAUCAAGGGGGUGAUAACCCCCAGCCCGGCCAAACUUAAGAAAUCUCGUUUGGGUGCAUGCUGCACGAUGUGUCCCCUGUCACAAAUCAGUACCCCAAAAUAACAAACAGUACACAAUAUGCGAUUCAACAAUUAAGCUUUAUAACUUUUAUUUUGACUAUUAUGUUUAGUCAAGAAACAAAACGUAAAAGAAAAAGGGUGCCAAUCUCAUUAAACAGUCAACGUGCACGCAACGUUGGAGCUCACGUAGUUCUUCUUCCGCCAUCGCACCCCCGCUCAGGGUCUACCUCGUCCGGCGAUCGACCACAUUUCUCCGUCUGCGUCUCCUCUCUUCAUCCCUCCCUCUCCUUCUUGCCAAAAGCCCACGAAAACAAUCCCAAGACACAGCAACAAUCUCUUAUUGGUGAGCCCCUAAGUCAUAACCCAGACAUUGCUGCUACAGAGAAACCAUCACCUUGACAGCGGAACAUUACAUAGAAGCCGUUACAUUAGCCUUAACACUGAAACCUUACAGCGUGUUACAUACUGAAUAAUAUUGAAUAAAAUUCAUGAAGGUCUGCAUAGAAAUAUAAACUUCCUCAUCCCCUUGAUUAAACUUGCUUUCAAGCAUGUAAUAAAAUCAUUAAGGCUCUUUAUAAUCCCUGUUCUCACUACUUUUUAAUAUUUGCACAAUUUGCCUUCAUUUUCACAUUGAUCGUUUGACAAGUUCUGUUUAUGUAUAAAGUUUUUUUGCCCUUCAAUUCUACUGUAUGCCUUUA